AGCGCACCGGAGUGUAGUUCGGGAAAAGGGAAGGAGGUAUCCCUUAGUAAUAGUAGCUAGUUUAAAAACGUAAAUAAGCAGCCUCAUAGAUCCGUAAACAACGUGGGUCCUUGGGAACUCGCCAUCGGAGACAUUCCGGUCGCCGGUGGGGGCUUGGACAGAGUCUCAGUGGCAAUUUUACCUGUUCCUCUUUACAAAGCGGCGUGCCGAGGGAGGACGCGUCUCUUUGAAUAGACAGGAUGCACGGACCGCCCUCCGGCGACAGCGCAUGCCCAAUGCGCCUCAUCAAGAGGGUGCAAUUCGGCAUCAUCAGCCCAGAUGAGCUUAAAAGAAUGUCUGUCACAGAGGGGGGAAUUAAGUAUCCUGAAACCACAGAAGGAGGACGUCCAAAACUGGGAGGUCUCAUGGAUCCCCGGCAAGGUGUCAUCGAGAGGUCGGGGAAAUGUCAGACAUGUGCAGGUAACAUGACAGAGUGCCCGGGUCACUUCGGCCACAUUGAGCUGGCCAAACCCGUCUUCCAUGUGGGCUUCAUCACCAAGAUCAUGAAGAUCCUGCGUUGCGUUUGCUUCUUCUGUUCAAAGCUAUUGGUUGAUGCGAACAACCCAAAGAUAAAAGACAUCCUGACUAAGUCGAAGGGCCAGCCCCGGAAGCGUCUCACCCACGUGUACGAUCUGUGCAAGGGCAAGAACAUCUGUGAAGGAGGGGAGGAGAUGGACAAUAAGUUUGGUGUGGAGCAGGCUGAGACUGAGGAGGACAUCACAAAGGAGAAGGGCCACGGUGGUUGCGGCCGCUACCAGCCGCGGAUCCGGCGCUCGGGGCUGGAACUGUAUGCGGAAUGGAAGCAUGUCAAUGAGGACUCCCAGGAGAAGAAGAUCCUCUUGAGCCCUGAGCGCGUCCACGAGAUCUUCAAGCGCAUCUCCGACGAGGAGGAUAUCAUUCUGGGCAUGGAUCCCAAGUUCGCCCGACCUGAGUGGAUGAUCGUCACCGUGUUGCCCGUCCCUCCCCUGGCAGUGCGACCCGCUGUCGUCAUGCAGGGCUCUGCUCGUAACCAGGAUGACCUGACGCACAAGCUGGCAGACAUCGUGAAGAUCAACAACCAGCUGCGGCGAAACGAGCAGAGUGGGGCGGCUGCUCACGUCAUCGCCGAGGAUGUCAAGCUGCUGCAGUUUCACGUAGCCACCAUGGUGGACAACGAGCUUCCCGGCCUGCCCAGGGCAAUGCAGAAAUCGGGUCGGCCCCUGAAAUCCCUCAAACAGCGGCUGAAAGGGAAGGAAGGCCGUGUCAGAGGUAACCUGAUGGGAAAGCGUGUGGACUUCUCCGCACGUACUGUCAUCACCCCAGACCCGAACCUGCAGAUUGACCAGGUCGGUGUCCCACGCUCCAUCGCAGCAAACAUGACCUUCCCGGAGAUCGUCACCCCAUUCAACAUCGACAGACUACAGGAACUGGUACGGAGAGGGAACAGCCAGUAUCCAGGGGCCAAGUACAUUAUUCGUGACAACGGGGACCGCAUUGAUCUGCGGUUCCACCCAAAACCCAGUGACCUGCACCUUCAGAUCGGCUACAAGGUGGAACGCCACAUGUGUGACGGGGACAUCAUCAUCUUCAACAGACAGCCCACAUUGCACAAAAUGUCCAUGAUGGGGCACAGGGUUCGCAUUCUGCCCUGGUCCACAUUUCGACUCAACCUCAGUGUCACCACCCCCUACAAUGCCGACUUCGAUGGGGACGAGAUGAACCUCCACUUGCCGCAGUCACUGGAGACGAGGGCAGAGAUCCAGGAGCUGGCCAUGGUGCCCCGGAUGAUUGUCACACCUCAGUCCAACAGGCCUGUCAUGGGUAUUGUGCAGGACACCCUCACUGCCGUGCGCAAGUUUACCAAGAGGGACGUCUUCCUCGAAAGGGGUGAGGUGAUGAACCUGCUUAUGUUUCUUUCCACGUGGGAUGGCAAAGUACCCCAGCCAGCCAUAUUGAAACCUCGGCCACUGUGGACUGGCAAGCAAAUAUUCAGUCUCAUCAUCCCGGGUCAUAUCAAUGCCAUUCGGACUCACAGCACCCACCCUGAUGAAGAAGACACUGGACCCUAUAAGCACAUUUCUCCUGGAGACACAAAGGUGAUUGUUGAGAACGGGGAGUUGAUUAUGGGGAUUCUCUGCAAGAAGUCCCUGGGAACUUCUGCUGGUUCUCUUGUCCACAUAUCUUAUCUGGAGAUGGGUCAUGAUGUCACCCGGCUUUUCUACUCCAACAUCCAGACAGUGGUCAACAACUGGCUGCUUAUUGAGGGUCACUCCAUUGGUAUUGGUGACUCUAUUGCUGAUGCAAAAACCUACUUGGACAUUCAGAACACCAUCAAGAAGGCCAAGCAGGAUGUGAUAGAGGUCAUCGAGAAGGCUCAUAACAACGAGUUGGAACCCACACCUGGCAACACUCUGAGGCAGACCUUCGAGAAUCAGGUCAAUCGUAUCCUCAAUGAUGCCAGAGACAAGACUGGGUCCUCAGCCCAGAAGUCCCUGUCGGAGUAUAACAACUUCAAAUCCAUGGUGGUGGCUGGGUCCAAAGGAUCCAAAAUCAACAUUUCACAGGUUAUUGCAGUGGUGGGGCAGCAGAAUGUGGAGGGGAAACGUAUCCCCUUUGGUUUCAAGCACCGCACGCUGCCCCACUUCAUCAAGGAUGACUAUGGGCCGGAGAGCAGGGGUUUUGUGGAGAAUUCCUAUCUGGCUGGCCUCACACCCACAGAAUUCUUCUUCCAUGCCAUGGGUGGCAGAGAAGGUCUUAUCGACACUGCUGUGAAGACUGCCGAGACUGGCUAUAUUCAGCGCCGUCUUAUCAAAUCCAUGGAGUCGGUGAUGGUGAAAUACGAUGCUACAGUGCGCAAUUCCAUUAACCAGGUGGUACAGUUGCGAUAUGGGGAGGAUGGACUAGCUGGAGAAGCUGUGGAGUUCCAGAACAUGGCUACACUCAAACCCUCCCACAAGGCCUUUGAGAAGAAGUUCAAGUUUGACUACACCAAUGAGAGAGCUCUUCGGCGAACCCUACAGGAGGAUGUGGUGAAGGACGUAAUGACAAAUGCACAUGUACAGAGUGCCGUGGAGCAUGAGUUUGACAAGAUGAAAGAGGACCGGGAGAUCCUCCGAGCCAUUUUCCCCACUGGAGACAGCAAGGUGGUUCUGCCGUGUAAUCUUGCCAGAAUGAUCUGGAAUGCACAGAAGAUUUUCCGCAUCAAUCCUCGCACCCCAACAGAUCUCCACCCCCUGAGAGUUGUCAAUGGCGUGCAGGAGCUGAGUAAGAAGCUGGUGAUUGUGAACGGGGAUGACCCGCUGAGCCGGCAGGCCCAGGAGAACGCCACGCUGCUCUUCAACAUCCACCUGCGCUCCACCCUCUGCUCGCGGCGCAUGACUGAAGAGUUCCGCCUCAGCACCGAGGCAUUUGAUUGGCUAUUGGGAGAGAUUGAGACAAAGUUCAACCAAGCCAUUGUACACCCAGGUGAGAUGGUUGGGGCUUUGGCUGCCCAGUCACUGGGUGAGCCGGCCACCCAGAUGACCCUGAAUACCUUCCACUACGCUGGUGUAUCUGCGAAGAACGUCACCCUUGGCGUGCCUAGGCUCAAGGAGUUGAUCAACAUCUCCAAACGGCCCAAGACCCCCUCGCUCACAGUGUUCCUGCUGGGCCAGGCGGCACGGGACGCAGAGAGGGCAAAGGACAUCCUGUGCAGACUGGAGCACACCACCCUCCGGAAGGUGACGGCCAACACUGCCAUCUACUACGACCCCAACCCUCAGAACACAGUGGUCACUGAGGACCAGGAAUGGGUCAAUGUCUACUAUGAGAUGCCCGACUUUGAUGUGACCCGCAUCUCGCCCUGGCUUCUGCGCAUAGAGCUGGAUCGCAAGCACAUGACUGACCGCAAGCUAACCAUGGAGCAGAUUGCCGAGAAGAUCAAUGCAGGUUUUGGUGAUGACCUAAACUGCAUCUUCAAUGACGACAAUGCCGAGAAACUGGUCCUGCGAAUCCGCAUCAUGAACAGCGACGAAAACAAAUUCCAAGAGGAUGAGGAGGUGGUUGACAAAAUGGAUGAUGACGUGUUUCUUCGAUGCAUAGAGUCCAACAUGCUGACAGAUAUGACUCUUCAAGGCAUUGAGCAGAUUAGCAAGGUGUACAUGCACCUCCCACAAACUGACAACAAAAAGAAAAUCAUCAUCACAGAGGAUGGGGAGUUCAAGGCGUUACAGGAGUGGAUCCUGGAAACUGAUGGUGUUGGCCUCAUGAGGGUCUUGAGCGAGAAAGAUGUGGACCCUGUCAGGACAACUUCCAAUGACAUUGUGGAGAUCUUCACUGUCCUGGGAAUUGAGGCUGUACGCAAAGCCCUGGAGAGGGAGUUGUACCAUGUGAUCUCCUUCGAUGGCUCCUAUGUCAACUACCGCCACUUAGCCCUGCUUUGCGACACUAUGACCUGCCGUGGUCACCUGAUGGCCAUCACACGUCACGGCAUCAACCGGCAGGACACUGGACCCCUCAUGAAGUGCUCCUUCGAGGAGACGGUGGAUGUGCUGAUGGAGGCCUCCUCCCAUGGGGAAUGUGACCCUAUGAAGGGUGUGUCUGAGAACAUCAUGCUGGGCCAGCUGGCACCAGCAGGCACAGGCUGUUUUGACUUGCUGCUGGAUGCUGAGAAGUGCAAGUAUGGCAUGGAGAUCCCCACCAACAUCCCUGGCAUCAGCAUGGCAGGACCAACCGGAAUGUUCUUUGGAUCUGCGCCCAGUCCCAUGAGCGGGAUGUCGCCUGCCAUGACUCCCUGGAACACGGGAGCCACGCCUGCUUAUGGGGCAUGGUCACCCAGUGUGGGAAGCGGAAUGACUCCAGGCGCUGCAGGUUUCUCACCCAGUGCUGCCUCCGAUGCCAGUGGCUUUUCACCUGGAUAUUCUCCAGCUUGGUCACCCACGCCUGGCUCCCCUGGAUCUCCAGGCCCAGCCAGUCCCUACAUCCCCUCUCCUGGUGGCGCCAUGUCUCCAAACUACUCCCCCACUUCCCCUGCAUAUGAGCCUCGUUCUCCUGGGGGCUACACGCCACAGAGUCCUGGUUACUCCCCUACAUCUCCUUCGUACUCGCCCACCUCCCCGUCCUAUUCACCAACGAGCCCCAACUACAGUCCAACUUCGCCCUCUUACUCCCCAACCUCGCCAAGCUACUCACCAACGUCACCAAGCUACUCCCCCACGUCUCCAAGCUACAGUCCUACAUCUCCGAACUGGGCCACGUAA